AUGACUGAGACGAAAUCGGAAUCUACUAUGACAGUGCGUUCGAAGCACUGCAAGACGUUGGCUAGGUUGUCUCGAAUAGCGGAACAGUUUCUUGAUCAGGAUGAGACUAGUGGCAAGCGAAAGGAUGAUGAAAUGAUGGCCCUCUUGCAAAGAUGUUUAGAUAUUUUGGAAACAUAUCGAGAUGAAUGUAAAAAGUUGAAGACUAGGGAAGGACGACUAUCACAGGAUGAACUAUAUGAAACCUACGAGUCAGCUUACGUCUACUACAAGAUCGUCCACAAUACUGUGCUUAAUAAAGUGCCGAAUUUGAAACAGUUCCAAGUGGUAAAGAAGCAAACGAAUACCAAUGAUAGGCAACUCAUGGAGAUUUAUAAUAUGUUGGUCAAAAGUCUAUUGAAUGAUGAAAAGAUCGGUCAAAUUAAAGCUUUCUUGAAGGAAAAUUCUAAACCAGAUGUGGAGAUGGUUUUGAAUACAGGGAGUACCAUUUCAUCCUCUCAUUUACAACAACUUAUUGAUAGUCAUAACGAUUCCACAUUAUUGAUUGAUCUGCGACAGAGGGGAGAGUUCUCUAAAUUGCAUAUUAAUGCGAAGAAUGUCAUUUGCAUUGAACCCAUCUCAUUCAAGGCCCAAUACACAGAUCUUGAGAUUGAGAAGAAAUCCUUGAUUACUUCACCAAAGGAAGAGAUCGGUUUAUUCCGGGCAAGAGAUACGUUCAAAUUUAUCGUGCUAUACACUAGCGAGGAUAAAGAAAGUCAUAGUAGGAGUUUUGAUUUACAGCAGCAAGCGAUUCUAUUGGAUCUGUUAAUAAAUCAUUCUUUUGCGAAACCACUAAAUGCCAACACGAGAGUCUACGUUCUGAAAGCUGGUUUUUCGAAUUGGGUCUCGGAGGGAAGACAAUGUAUCGGCGAAGAACACCAUGGUACUUAUACAAAUGGUGCUACUUUUCCCGAAUUAACUUUCUCUAUAGGUGGGUCUUUGAAAGUUCGACAGGACAUUCAGGAACAGCCUCCUUUACUUUCGAAUGGGGCUUACCUUUCGGCGUCAUCAGCCAGCUCGUCGCCACACUUAUCACCGUCGAAUCACUAUUCAAGAUUGAAUAGAUCUACACAAUAUCCACAAACACCACAACUAACAGCUGGCAGUAAUGGCGCUCACUAUCCCGGGCCGCUAUUGCCAAUAGAUAACGCAGUAUCCCCGAUGGCAAAUCACAUUCCCAAACUUAGAGCACCAAGAGUUUUCACAGCAGAUAAUGAAGCCAUUGUUCCUGUCAAAAUGAAUGACCUUUCGAAACCACCAAGUCAGGCUAUACCUCCAUUACCAAAAUUUCCUUCCCGUGAAAGUUCACCAGCAUUAGGUAGCGCUAACAAAUAUGAUCUAGAUUUUGCUGUCGGAUUGGAAAAUAUGGGGAACUCAUGCUAUAUUAAUUGCAUAGUUCAGUGCUUAUUGGGUACACAUGAAUUGACCAACAUUUUUCUUAAUAAAUCAUAUGAAAGGCAUAUCAAUAUGAACAGCAGGCUGGGAUCCAAGGGAGUCCUAGCAAAGUAUUUCGCAAAACUCACGCAUUCGAUGUAUCAAAAUGCAUCCCACAAGUUGAAUGAAAAAGGUAAACCGGUUCAACCCAUGGAAUUCAAAAUGGCAUGCGGUACAAUCAACUCACUCUUCCGUGAAUCUGGACAGCAAGAUUGUCAGGAGUUUUGCCAGUUUUUACUGGAUGGACUGCAUGAAGACUUGAACCAAUGUGGUGGUAAUCCACCUUUAAAGGAACUGUCUGAUGAAGCAGAAAAGAUGAGGGAAAAAUUAUCAUUGAGAAUUGCAUCUUCCAUUGAGUGGGAGAGGUUCUUGACGACAGAUUUCAGCGUUAUUGUCGAUCUUUUCCAAGGCCAAUACGCCUCACAACUAAGGUGCCAAGUAUGUGGUCUCACAAGUACGACAUACCAACCAUUUUCAGUCCUAUCAGUACCCGUUCCUCAUGCAAAAUCCUGCAACAUAAUAGACUGUUUCAAAGAGUUUACUAAAGUUGAAAAGCUUGAAACAGACGAGCAAUGGUCCUGUCCAAGAUGUAAGAAGAAGCAACCUUCUACAAAAAAACUAACUAUUACACGUUUGCCCAGGAACCUGAUCAUUCACUUGAAAAGAUUUGAUAACAUGAUGAACAAAAACAACGUAUUCGUGAAGUAUCCAUUUACACUGGAUUUGACACCCUACUGGGCAAAUGAUUUUGAUGGGAGAUUACCGCCAGGUGUUACUGAGGAGUUGCCUACCAGAGGACAAAGUCCGCCAUUCAAUUAUAAGCUUUAUGGAAUAGCAUCUCAUGUUGGGAGUUUGUAUGGAGGGCAUUACACUUCAUAUGUCGACAAGGGCCCGAAAAGAGGCUGGUGCUAUUUCGAUGAUACAAGCUUCCGCCCUGUUAGAAACGCCACUGAAUGUAUCACUCCUAAUGCUUACGUGUUGUUCUACCAUAGAGUGUACCAGGUUUAG